CCUUGGGCAGUCAGCAGCUACAGGGCAUGGAUCCCUAAAAUAACUGAGUCUUUGCGAUGACAAGCCCUGUCCACAGAAAAAAAAAACCUGCUUCUCCCCUUUGUCUAUUGUACAAGGUGGGGUAGUAGCCAGUGGGUUGGACAAUCUGGUGUGUGACUGAAUAGGGUGGGGAGUUGUUAAAGAAUGGCACUGAGGUACUGGGUACGUAUACAACAGCCUCUCUUGGUUAGUCCCAGUCAUGAACACAGCCUGAUGUGGAGAGGGGUAAGGCCAGGGACUGUGAGGCGAAGCAACUAGAGGCAGAAUGGUGAGGUGUUGGAAAUACUCAGAAACCAGUCUGGUGGCCCCACAAUGCAUGUACUGUGGCACCACAAGCCACUCCAGGUUUCCUGCCAGGGUGUUCUGGAGCAGCCUUGCUGCCAUACUGCUCAUUGUUACCAUUGCCUUCAUUGUCAUUGGGAAGUUAGCACUCCAGUCAGAUACACAGUCUUCGUUGCAGGUUGUCCGAAUCACAGCUCCUGACCAUCCUGCUGCUCUGAUAAACCAGUCUGCAUUAGUGGACAAACACAACAACAUAGUGACUUAUUAUGUGACCUCUCAAGCCAACCACACCUCUACUGUACUUUUUGACAUUAAACAUGGCCUCGUAUGCUAUAAACCAGACAACCAAGAGACCUGCCUUCUUCGUCAAAUGGAGAUGACAGAUUAUGAAAACAUGCACAUUCUCCUGAAUGAGUCAGAACAACAGGCUCAGGUGUGGCUGCUACAUAACGAGACCCAAAGACACAAAGAGUUUUUGGGCGUUUUAGGAGGCAGCCGCGUAGAUGCCUCAACUCUACAGAAACCACUGCAGGCUCUCUGCCAUCAGAGACCCGUGUACUGGACCAGGAGAUCUAACAGUCCCAAAGAAAGGCUCAUUUACUUCUGCAUCGACAUCUGCUUCCCGAGCAACAUCUGCGUGUCUGUGUGUUUCUACUACCUGCCAGAGUGAGGCUCCUUCCUGAGAGCGCG